AUGUCGCAGAGCAGUGCAGCCAACGAUAUUCGCUCGGAGCAGACAGAUCAGGCCACGUCAGACUCAAUCAAUCUCCCUGACUACAUCUAUCAGCCCCUCCUUCCUGGGGAAGAUACUCGAGUCGUACGACUUCUUCCAUCGUCGGACGUGGAGAGCGACAUAGUAUGCAAGAUUGAGCACAUCGGCAUUGGCGAUGACACGAAUUCACCGACAGUUCCGUACGAGGCGUUGUCCUAUGUAUGUGGUCCCGAUCAUCCUGCUCAACUGGUGCGGACGGUCGAAGGCACCAAGCUCUCGAUUCGCCCACAUCUACUUGAUGCGCUGAGACUUCUCAGGUCCUCCACCGCGGAGAUCAUGAUAUGGGUGGACCAGAUCAGCGUCGACCAGCAGAAUUAUAAAGAGCGCGAAAUUCAAGUUCGCAACUUUGGCCGCAUUUUCAAGCGCGUCCGUUAG